AUGGCGACUGAAAACGCAAAGAAGGUCCUUACCCAGGUUCUCACCGAGGAAGAGUUUACUAUAGCGAUCAGGAAGAGAACAUCAGCCCGCAUGAAGAUUACCGCAGCGUGUAACGCGACUGAGAAAGCCAUACAAGAAAAGGGGUCAAAAGGAGCUAUCCAAGGUCUACUAAAACGUUUGGAUCAACUACUGGCGGACGCCGAUGAACUAAACAAUAAUUUUGACGGCCUUUUAGAGGAUACGGAAGCCGAACGUCAGGAAGGAAUCCACCUCAGUUAUGUGGAACGUAUUGGAACGACAACCGACAAGGCCACCCAGUAUUUCGCCACUUUGAGCGAUGAAGCUACUAGUGUUCACACUGCCCGGUCAUCUAUAGGAGUUACUUCCGUCACUUCAUCUGAAGCCGCUAGACGUCAGACUGCGAGAAGAGCCGCAGACACAGCUCGACAAGCGGCUGAAGCAGCGCAAGAAGCGGCCGAACGAGCACAAUUACAAGCAGAGGAGGCUCGAGCCGCAGCAUUAGCAGCCGAAGAGGAACUCCAGUUAUACGAAAUAGAAGACAUUAAUUUAGAUGAUCCAGUUCCAGACCCAGUGCAGCAAUGGCUACGAUCACAACGAAAGCAGAACACAAGUCCCGCACCACCAAACCCUGACGACUGGAUCGAUCAAUAUGCAGCCGGAAAAUUAAAACCCUUUCGAGGAGCAGGAAACCGUUCGAACUCGUCUGUAAGAGCAGAACUGGAACCUUUCAGUGGAAAGGCCCUCGACUGGUUUUGUUGGAUAGACCUAUUCAAAGCUUUGGUGCAUGAAACAACUAAGUCAACGGGAGAAAAGCUUGCGCUACUAAAGCGACACUUAAAAGGAGAUUGUUUGGACUUUGUCCAUGGACUGGGUGGAGGAGAAGAGGCCUACAUCGAGGCUCUGGUACGACUGAAACCGUCGUGCGGGAGAAGAGACGUGAUGCGAGCAGCCCACAUUCAAGCGAUUGAGAAGCUAGAAUGUAAACCCGAUCCAAAUUUGUUUCGAAGAUACGCUGAGAAGAUUAGAACCCAUUUAUUCGAUUUGAAUCGUAUCGGAGAGACAUCCAGUACGGAUAUUAUCGAGAGAAUCUGCCUGAAGCUACAGCCACUAGACCGAUUAGCCUGGAAUGCGGAAGGACGGGGAGGAAUGGAGAAGCGGAGCCUGCAUACCUUCGGCACCUGGCUCUGUGAUAGAGCAGCCGCCUAUCAAAACGCCUACAGUCUAGCAACAGAACAACUUACUGGAGCAGCACCUAAAGCCACCUUCCCUCGACUAAAUGCCCGUGUCAAUCAAAUUUAUUCAAAAGGAAAGGAAGGAGUUUUUAAGAAAGGCUCUUCCCGUCCAUUUUGUUUUAAGUGCAAAGGUGAGCAUAAGUUAGAAAAGUGCGAAUCCUUUUUAGCUUUGGAGGCAUACGAGAGAUUUCGUUUCUGUAUGCGUCAUCUACUGUGUUAUGGAUGCUUCGGACCGAAACACUCCGCUAGAAACUGUAGCCAAACCAAGCCAUGUGAAGAAGACGGCUGUGGCAUUCCUCAUCCUCCUCUGUUACACGACAGAUCUAGAGCGACAAAGACUACCCGAACUGCAGUCGCAAGAACCAUGGAUCAAGCAAGCGCGGACAUAGCGAUGGGAAUGCUUCGACUAGAGGUGCUGGAUCGCAAGGGAAGACCAAUAUCAGCCAACGUAUUCAUAGACGAAGGGAGCAAUUCAUCCUUGAUGCGGCAAGGAUUUGCGAGAGCUUUCAAACUCGAGGGCAAGCCUCAAGUAUUAGCAGUAGAAGGCGCUGGCGGAGUCAUCAGUCACUAUCAAUCUCAGGAAUUAAGCAUCCAGAUUCGCACUACUUCCGGACAGCCCGACCCCAGUUACAGAUUGGCCAGCUUUGAUACCCACUGGCCUCAUCUGAGCGAUAUUCCGGUAACGAAAAAUGGUGGACGAGUGGACCUUUUAAUCGGCCUGGAUUAUGGUCAGCUGACUGCAGCGAUCGAGUCUAGGAUAGGAGAAAGAAAUGAGCCGGUCGCCAAACGUACCGUUCUUGGCUGGAUAAUUCGAGGAGUUAUGGGAGGAAUUCCGAAACCAGAUGUAGUUCGUUCCCACACGAUCUUUAGUUCCGUACUCUUAGAAGAUCUGGUCAGAGAAAUGAAGAGGUUUUGCGACACCGAAAAUUUCGUGACAGAAUUCCAGUCUCCAGGAAUGUCCGAAGAAGAUCAACGGGCCAUCUCCACACUCACCGAUCAGACCAGAAAGCUUGAAGUUGGCUACGAGGUGCCAAUAACUUGGCGUAAAAAUGAACCAGAUCUCACCUGUAAUCGACAAAUGGCGGAAGAUCGUUUCCGGAACCUUACGAAACGAUUUGAACGAGACCCAGCUUUCGAGAAAGAUUACAGAGCAGCAAUGAAGAAAACCCUAGACAAAGGACCGAAGCUACGAGUAGUUUUUGAUGCAGCGGCCUCGUACAAAGGAAAAUGCUUGAAUGACGCCAUCAUAAGUGGUCCAGCGCUUCAACCAUCACUGCCAGCAGUGCUGAUUAAUUUCCGUGAAGGGGAAGUUGCUUGGUCAUCCGACGUAGAGGCUAUGUUUAGUCGUUUUUGUCUUAAACCUAGCGACGCUAAUUUCUUUUGUUUUUUUUGGCAAGAACCCGCAUCUACCGACACCAUUGUUUGCCGAAUGGACCGUUUACCUUUUGGAGCCACCUGCAGUCCAUUCGUAGCGAUUCAAACGACUCGCAGAGCCGCGACGGAGGCAAACGCGCCAACGGAAAUAGUAGAUGCUAUUAAGAAGAAAAUGUACGUGAAUGAUUAUUUGGGAUCAGCACCCACUGCUGCCAUCGGGCUCCAAGAAGCCAUCGCGGUAAAAGAUGUUUUAGCCUCGGCCGACCUUCACCUGCAAGGAUGGAGAUCCAACUCUAAAGAAUUUAUUGAAGAAAUCCGUAAGAAUAUGAAGCCCGCAAACUCCCCGACUCCCUCUCUAAUAUCGGAAGAAGAAAACGGCAAAGUUCUCGGAGUGCUGUGGAAUUCAAAAACCGACACUUUAGGAUUUCGGGUGAGCGAGCUAGAAAACUUGGAAUAUACCCGCAUGACCAUUGCCAGCAAGGUAGCGAGCGCUUUUGACCCGCUCGGCACGGCAGCUCCACUCAUCGUGAAAGCUAAACUUUCGGAGUUCAGUUUCAGUCGGUGUUUGUUCCCAAAUGAAUCCUUAAUCGAAGAAUCUCAACUACAUGCGUUCGGCGAUGCUUCCGAAGAAGCUUAUGCAGCCGUCAUAUUCCUACGCCAUCAAUAUCGCGACGGCCAAGUUCGUAUUUAUCAAUUAAAAGCCAGCACAAAGCUUGCCCCCAAAAAGGCUAUCUCCAUGCAAAAACUAGAAUUAAACGCAGCUCUGUUAAGCGCACGCCUGAUUAAUUUUGUCCCGAGCUGCCUCAGCCGACCAAUCUCCAAGAAGUUCCUCUGGACGGACAGCAGCACCGUACGCAACUGGAUCCGUGCUACGGCAUCCUUCUAUCAAGUUUAUGUCGCGAAUCGGGUCGGAGAAAUUCAGAUGCUGACUGAACCCGAAGAAUGGAGAUUCGUCCCAGGAAAGCUCAAUCCGUCAGGCGAAGCAACUAGGUCAACAUUGGGGGAAGAAAUCCUUUCAGCACGUUGGAUGAACGGGCCCGAAUUUCUACUACAUUCUGAAGUCGAUUGGCCGAAAGACCUCCCCUGGAUGACUGUAGCGGACGAGAUGAGUGCGUGCAAGACUUAUCAAAUGAAGAUAUUUGGCGUGUACGAUUGGUCUGAUUUGCCGAUAGACAAAACAAAUUUCUCAUCCUUUCUUAAACUAGACGACAAGGCGCGAAGUUUGCUAAAACGAUGCCAGCAGGAGGUCUAUGGCGAAGAAAUCCAACUCCUCGAAAAGGGAAAGCCUUUACAUAAGUCAUCCCCUAUUUUAUCACUGCAUCCGACUCUGGGAGACGAUGGCCUGCUUCGUCUCGGUGGUAGGAUUGGCAGAGCAAAAUUACCUUAUGAUGUCCUCCAUCCUCCCCUGUUACCCGGUCGACAUCCCCUCACAGAGCGCAUAAUCCACAUAUUCCACGACGAAACUCAUUACGCCGGAACCGAUUAUCUAUUCUCCCAGAUCAGUCAGCACUUUUGGAUUGUGAAGGGUAGAGAAGUAGUGAAGAAGAUUCGACGGCUAUGCCCGGUCUGUAUUCGUGGAAGAGCGGCACCUGCUGGACAACUGAUGGGAGAUCUUCCGUACGUACGUUUAGACUCGUACACCCCUCCCUUCUCUCAUAUCGCCAUAGACUAUUUCGGACCGAUAGAAACCAGCCCUGGUCGGAAUCGGAUAACGAAGCGUUACGGGGCACUCAUUACAUGUCUAGUAACUCGAGGUGUUCAUCUAGAACUAGCAGAAUCUCUCUCGACCGACGACUUUAUUCUCGUCUUUCGCCGAUUCAUCGGACUAUACGGCAGGCCCAUUUCUGUUCAUUCUGAUAAUGGUACAAAUUUCGUAGGUGCUGAAAGGGAGCUGAACACGCUAAUAAAGAAUCUUAAAGAGAACGAGGAAAUUCGACGUUUCAUAAAAGAAAAGGGAAUUGACUGGCGAUUUCAACCUCCUCGCACUCCUCAUUUCGGGGGAGCCCAUGAGAGUUUGGUACGUUCAACGAAGAAGGCACUGUAUCGAGCUCUAGAAAUCGAAAGGGGAGGUCUUCGUUUCCCGACCGAUGAAAUGUUACGUACCCUCCUGUCGGAAGUUAUCGGAUUACUCAACACUCGACCGUUAACUUUCGCCAGUUUGAACCCCGAAGAUUUUCGACCUCUCACCCCUAACGAUUUUCUAAAUCGCCCUUCUACAUUAUAUUCACCUCCAGGAAACUUCAGCGACGCGUUACCAAGGGAGAGAUUCCGCUAUACUCAACGUAUGGCCCAAUUAUUUUGGGAUUUGUGGACAAAAAUUUACCUUCCUUCCCUCGUCGAAAGAAAGAAAUGGAAAGAAGAAAAGCCGAAUCUCAACAUCGGAGACGUGUUGAUGAUGAUCGACUCCAAUUUACCAAGAGGACAGUGGCGGAUCGGUAACAUCGUAAAAACCUACCCUGGCGAUGAUGGUUUAGUACGUGUGGUGCAAAUUCAGACGGAGAGCGGAACUUAUGACCGAGGCAUCCAUCGGGUCUGUUUAUUGAAAAAGGCCACGGCGACUCCUCCUGAAACCAACUUAACUCGCAACCCGACCCCGCACCAGAUGAAGACGCAGAACUGCCUAUAUUUAAGGUCAUACGCUUUUCCCAUUAACUCAUCCGGUUAG